UCAGCUGAGAAAGCGAAAGAAGCUAUAGAAAAGGCAAAACGAUCGCUUGGCGAACUUCUUCACGUCUCCGAUGCCGAAGUCAUCUUCACUUCUGGAGGAACUGAGGCCAACAACUGGGUGAUCUAUUCAGCCAUCCAGAGCUUCAAAUCCAUUUCGGAACAUUCCGCCACCAUUCCCCAUGUUAUCACUUCUACAAUUGAACAUCCAUCUGUACUGGAACCUCUUCCAUCAUCUUCGGGACACAGGCUCCAUAGGUGCGUGACUAUGAACUCUUCCUCUUGA